AUGACUUCUGAAGAACCACAAUCACAAGAACUUUCCGUUGCGGAGAAGUUAGAUAAUGAGAUUGCAACUUUGAGAGCUCAAGUGGAAUCAUUAAAACGAGAUCUCAAGUUGCAAACUGCUACUCUAAUAACAUCAGACUCGACGCUUCAGAUAUUGCAAGCUGAUUCAACGAAGAAAUCAAGGUCAAAAAGGUCAAAUGACAGCUCUAGACUUCAGGAGCUGUUAACGAGAGCUGAUGAGCAAAAUGCCCAUAAACAGCAAUGUCUCUACCGAACUUGUGCUUCUAUCACGACUUUUAAAGUGCGCGACCCGGAUCCUAAUGCAGUAGAUGGGGGUAAUGUUUUGGGUUUACGAUUUGAAGUCAUGUCCAAGUCUCGGUUCCUUCGACCUUAUUAUGUUAUGCUGAACCGGCCCUACCCGAAUUCCCGGUUUCUGCGUAUCCACCGGCAUACCGUUCCCCAAUGUAUACCACUUUCUGGAUUGACGGCUCGGUAUCUCCCUCCACCAGUAGCCAAAGACGAAGACAACGAUAUGCCAAAGAGGCAAGAUUUGUCGAGUUUCGUGCGGGCGCUAAGGCGAGAGCUAGUUCGUUAUCACAAUCGUACAGCCGUUAUCGGGGACCUACGAAGCAUGGCAGGUUUGGAGAGUAAGAAAGGAAAGGCUAAAGAAUUGGAGGUUCCAAUCACCGAUAUCAGUGCGGCUGAUGCACAAGCAAAGCAAAUCCGUGUCGAAUGGAACGACGGACGCUCGGGACGGUUGGUAAUGGAUGACGAUGGUGACAUUGUGAAAAUGGUCGUACAGGGCGAGGACGGACAGGAUCGAGAAACUAUGAGACAAUUUCUGGGCGGGAGCCUCCGCGUCGAAGAUGUGGUUAAACAACUUGAAAGUGCAUGA